AUGGAGUUCGAACCAUAUCCUCGACAGCAGUUUGCCAUUGGGAACUAUGCAAGCACGGCAGGACUCGAUAUGUCGAGUGUCGCGGCGGCACUGCCAGAGUACCAGAUGCGCCAGUAUCAACAGUCGCCAUAUACCCAACCUUACCAACCCUCCGCUUCCAAUAAUCCAUCCGUCAUGUAUCAAUAUCACCAAGGGCCGCAAUUUGCAGGUCAGACUGCCGCUCAUAUCAACCCCCCAUAUGCUCAACAGUACCCGUCGCAGUAUGUGCAAGGAACGCCGUCGCGGCAGCAGCAGCAAGGAGCGGCUUAUCCGCAAUUUGUUGGCAACCCAGGAGGCCCAGGCGGCUCUCAAUCGUACCUAAAUCAAGCGUUUAUGGUACAGCAGCCAAUGAUGCACAAUCCUGGAGCGGCUGGUCAACAACAUCCGCAUUCACAGUUUUCACAACCACAUGGGACCGCGGGCUACAUUUCACCCUAUGGCUCCCGGCUGCCAACCGCCUAUCCAGUGCCACAACUCCGGCUUGACAACAGUCUUGCACAAUCUCAGGCAGCAGGGGUUUAUCCACAAUCAAAUUCUCAAGUCAGGAGAUCUAGCUCAAAUUCGUCACUACAGACAUCCGUGCUCAGAGGCCCUCCAAGGAAACCAAGGCAAUCUGGUCAUGCCCUCUGGGUUGGCAACUUACCCCCCGCGACACAUAUAAUUGACCUCAAAGAUCACUUCGCAAGGGAUGCGACUGAAGAAAUCGAGAGCGUCUUCUUGAUCUCGAAGAGCAACUGUGCCUUUGUCAACUAUAAGACCGAGGCUAGCUGCGCAGCAGCGAUGGCUCGCUUCCACGACUCGCGGUUCCAAGGGGUGCGACUGGUUUGCCGGUUACGGCGUGGAAGUUCUGCAACAGCAACAUCAUCGCAAACUGCGAGCCAACAACCAACGACAUCUACCGAAGCGACAACCGAGGCCGAUACAGCGCCCAAUGAAACAUCGAUGGUUGACGGGACAAUUACAACAGAGCCAGAACCCAUAGAGAAGGUGAAGGAGAGGUUCUUCGUGGUAAAAAGCUUGACCAUUGAGGAUUUGGAGCGCAGCGUCGUCAGCGGAAUAUGGGCAACGCAAGCGCACAAUGAGGCCGUGUUGAACAAUGCGUAUCAGACCGCAGAGAAUGUUUACCUCGUCUUCUCAGCAAACAAGUCCGGCGAGUACUUUGGAUAUGCGCGGAUGGAAUCGGCGAUCGGCGACGAGGCCGCGGCGAAUAUCGAAUACCAGCCACGACCGGAGACGCGAGAGCCUAGUCCAGCAGACCUGCCUUUGACCAUACCGACACCGGCUACGGCGACCGCACCCAAGGGACGAAUCAUCGACGACUCGGCUAGAGGGACAAUCUUCUGGGAAGCAGACUCAGAGGGGAAAGAGAAAGAAGAGCAACAUACAGAUGAUGACCCCGGCAAUGUUUCAGGAGAAGGCUAUGAAUCAACCAGUCCAGCGACGCCACAGACUUUUGGGAAGCCCUUCAAGAUCAAGUGGAUGUCGACGGAUCGUCUGCCUUUUUACAGGACCAGAGGUCUCCGAAACUCACUGAAUGCGAAUCGUGAGGUGAAGAUUGCCCGAGAUGGCACCGAGAUUGAACCCACUGUCGGCCGGAAGCUGGUGAAUAUGUUUCAUCGUCCUCCUGUGGCAUCUGCCAGCCCUAGUGCCACUCGACCACCGCAACCUCAUCAGGGGCCGAUGGGGGGGGUCAUGUACGGAAGGAGUUAUUGA